GGAGGCCCGGGCCGCACCGCCCCCUGCCGCCGUCGCCGCCGCCGCCGCCGCCGCGGGUCCUCGUAGCCGGAGCCGGACAUCAUGCGACAAGAAGAGUGAUCUCUUCCCCGGUUUUCACAAUGGAGGACUCGGGAAAGACUUUCAGCUCCGAGGAGGAAGAAACUAACUAUUGGAAAGACUUGGCCAUGACCUACAAGCAGAGGGCAGAGAACACGCAAGAGGAACUCCGAGAAUUCCAGGAGGGAAGCCGAGAAUAUGAAGCUGAAUUGGAGACGCAGCUGCAGCAAAUUGAAACCAGGAACAGGGACCUGCUGUCAGAAAACAGCCGCCUCCGCCUGGAACUGGAGACCGUCAAGGAGAAGUUUGAAACGCAGCAUUCUGAAGGCUACCGGCAGAUCUCAGCCUUAGAGGACGACCUCGCCCAGACAAAAGCCAUUAAAGAUCAGCUGCAGAAAUACAUCAGAGAGCUGGAGCAAGCCAAUGACGACCUGGAAAGAGCCAAACGGGCCACAAUCAUGUCCCUGGAGGACUUUGAACAGCGCUUGAAUCAAGCCAUUGAAAGAAAUGCCUUCCUGGAGAGCGAACUGGAUGAGAAGGAGAAUCUCCUAGAAUCUGUUCAGCGACUAAAGGAUGAAGCCAGAGAUUUGCGGCAGGAAUUGGCUGUGCAACAAAAACAGGAGAAACCCAGGACCCCCAUGCCCAGCUCGGUGGAAGCUGAAAGGACAGACACAGCGGUGCAGGCCACUGGCUCUGUGCCGUCCACCCCCAUAGCUCAUCGAGGACCCGGCUCUAGCUUAAACACGCCUGGGACGUUCCGACGCGGUCUGGACGACUCCACCGGGGGGACCCCCCUCACGCCGGCGGCCCGGAUAUCAGCCCUCAACAUCGUGGGAGACCUGCUGCGGAAAGUGGGGGCUCUGGAGUCCAAACUUGCUUCCUGCCGGAACUUCGUGUAUGAUCAGUCCCCAAACCGAGCCAGUGGCCCAGCCUCAGUACGGGGGAGCAAGAACAGGGAUGGCGGUGACAGAUGGCCGGGCAGCACCAGCAUGCCUCUGGGCGACAAAGGGUUGGGAAAACGCCUGGAAUUUGGGAAGCCGCCUUCCAAUGCUUGCUCGCCAUCGCUGCCGUCAGCCCAGGGCGUAGUCAAGAUGAUGCUUUAGGAAAUCCACGGAAGAAGGCCCCAGCGUCUGUGCGGGAGUUGUUACCCUCCUUCCCUCUUUAAACUAGGUUUUGGGCUCUUUUAAGUUAGUUUGAGAAAUACAAGCAAGCGGUGGCACUAGCCCGUGACUGAGGCUAUCGCCUGUGGCCCCGGGCGGUCGUCCCCAGGAAGUGCUGUCUCACAACCCCCGGCCUCCUUGUGGGUGUGUUGCCAGUGGACCGGGGCAAACCGGACCCUCUGGAAAGGGCGACGGGGGCGCUGAGGCCACCCCAUCAUUUUCAGCUCACCCGAGUCCUGUCGGGUCUUGAGAGGUGUUUUUCAUGCCCGGGGACACCUGCAAAGCGAGGUCUGAGCCCAUCUCAGGCUCACUCCGGCCCCCACUUAGCUGGAGCGUCUUCAAGAACAAAAUCUCCAGUGCUGUGUGGCACAGCAGGGAUCAGUACACUGAAACCACGGCUCGGGGCGAAGAGCAGGAUAGGCAUGUACCUUUUCUUUAAACUGUGGUGUGCUGAACCUCUGAGACUUUUUAACCUGCCUCUCACUGAGGCUUUUAGAGGCGUGCUUGAGUUUCAGAGUAAAUUUUGUGGGGACCAGGUCAGUGGAAAAUCUGUUUCCUCUUUAGCCCAAUCCUGACUAAGUUGUCCUGAGCCCCCCUAUGCUGGCCUGGGGGUGACCUCUGCUUCAGGACCCUGAGGGUCUCAGGUGUGAUGGCCUUGGGUAAUACAGCCCCUACGAACAGGACUUCAUUCAAAGCCUUGAUGAAAUAAUUGGGGGGACCUUCCGAUAAGAUUAAACCACCAGGACUGUCAUGGGGAGCAUCCUUACUAAAGAAGAAAUGAGCCCAGGAUUUCCACAGAGACAGUGUGGGGCUCAUCCCUGCUGCUUGGGAAUGGCCGUCUCACACUCCGGACGCGAGUGUAAAGAACGUGUGAAUUCAGGCGCAUGUGUGCAGCUUACUGGCCUUCUCUUAAUAAGUUAUGUUUCCAAAAGAACAGCAAGAAUAUCCCCGAGUUGAAAGCAGAACUUUUCAAGUGCUACUGAAAUUCAGCAGAGAACUAAACUCAUGUGUCCACUUCACUACCCUAGCAACAUUCUAACCUGUAUCGGUAAAAGAUGUACCUUUAUUUUUUUAAAAGAACAAUAAAAUCAAGAGAAACUGAUUUUCACCUAGUUUGUGGAGGUCAGUAAAUGCUGCUGCCUUUGUUUGUGCUUCUGUGUUUGUUCAUCUGGUGGUGAAAAACUUUUGUUUUUUUAACCAAGUGACUAAAUAUGAGAAACCUACUUUUUAUUUAUUUUUUUAAACCUACUUUUUAA